AUUAAAAUACAAAUUGUAUUUAUACGCACACUAUCUCUCUUUCUUAGUAUCACUCUCUCCCUCUCCCUCUCCCUCUCCCUCCCCUCUCUCUCGCUUAAAGUAGGUUACAAGUAGAUGGUUCAGUGAACCGGAAAAUUAGCUUUACUUUCUCCUUUUGAUUUUCCCGGAAUCCAAACAGGAAAAAAAACCAAGAGAAACGAAAGAAAUAUUGAAAUCUCAAGUCCAUUGUUUUGAUUGUUCUGUUAAUGGAUUCACGAGAUGCCGGACCACCAGUCCCACCGAACAUGAUGAUGGGGCAUAAUUCUUACCCUUCGGCCAUGCCCAGCACCAACGCCUCAUCUAUGAUGAUGAGCCCUAACUCGAUGGGUUCGGCUCAGAUGAUGGCUGGUCCUGGCGGUGGCCGAUUUCCCUUCAGCUCCGUGACCCCGCCGGCUUCCAAGCCUAUGGAUUCUUUGUCUAGUCAUCACUACGACGGAUCUUCAUCGCCUGGUAUGAGGGCUUGCAGCGGAAGCGGUGGUGGUGGCGGAGGUUUUAACAUGGAUUCGGGUUCUAAGAAGAAGAGGGGUCGGCCGAGGAAGUACUCACCGGACGGCAACAUUGCGCUCGGAUUAGCUCCUACACCGACUCCUUCUUCCAAUGUUGUACAUGGAGAUUCGAGUGGCACGCCCUCGUCUGAACCAUCGGCUAAGAAAAAUCGGGGAAGACCUCCGGGUUCGGGAAAGAAACAAUUAGACGCAUUGGGUGUUGGCGGGGUUGGUUUUACUCCCCAUGUUAUUUUGGUGAAAACUGGAGAGGAUGUAGCAUCAAAAGUUAUAUCAUUUUCAGAGGAAGGACCUCGCACAGUUUGUAUUCUCUCUGCAAAUGGUGCAGUUUGUAAUGCUACUCUUCGUCAGCCGGCCAUGUCUGGUGGCAAUGUUUCAUAUGAGGUACACCCUUCAUAUUUUGAGGGUCGCUAUGAAAUAAUUUCUUUAUCAGGGUCCUACUUGUUUUCUGAUAACAAUGGUAAGCGCAGCAGGACAGGUGGUUUAAGUGUGUCACUUGCAGGGCCUGAUGGUCGAGUUGUAGGUGGCAGUGUUGCUGGAAUCCUAAUGGCAGCAUCACCAGUUCAGGUAAUUGUUGGUAGCUUUAUUGCUGAUGGUAAAAAAUCGCACUCCAACAACACAAUGAAAACUGCGCCAGGCAGUGGUGCACCACUGCCCCAGAUGUUAAACUUUGGUGUACCUAAUACUGCUGGCAGCCCUCCAUCGCAGGGAGAGUCCAGCGAGUCAUCUGAGGAGAAUGGUAAUAGCCCUCUUAACAGAGGCCCCGGAUUCUACAAUAAUAAUAAUAAUGGUCAACCGCUCCAUAGUAUGCAGAUGUACCAUCACCACUUGUGGGCUGGUCAGACACAACAGUGAAGACACAUUUCAGUUAACAAUACGGCAUCGCAUUGGGGUAUUGGCUUUGAUAAUUGUUUGUUCCGUCCGGCCUAACAUUUGAAGUCAAAUUCCAAAUGCUAACAACUUGCAUUCAAAACCACUCUUUAGAAGGGUUGAUCUUUUAAAAUAGUUAACGAUUUUUUCUUUGUUCCCUUUCUCAACAUAUGAUUUAAACAUGGCCACUGUUGAUAGCUCUGAGGUUACGCCACCCGUUCCAUAGGUUGUCACGAGCGCCAUUUACAUUUUCAGUUCUUUUUCUAUGUUUUCAAUGUUAUUUUGUUGUAGCUGUUUAUGAACAUCAUGUGUAAACCUGGUCCAAGUAUUAUGAAGUUUAUAGCGGUCUGAUAAAUCGAGUGUGAUCUAAUCUUCUCUGUUCAGACCUAUUUUCUGCUUCUAGAAAUGACUUGACUUGUGUAAUUUACGGCUGCAUCAAAAUUGGAUUCAGUAGUGCGGUUGAUGUUAAAUUGAUGUCAUGGUAGAUCUGUGGUUGGUGUAA